AUGAAGGGCGCAUCUGUGCAAGUGGAAGGGUAUAUUACUCUGCCUGUGCAGCUCCCCAGUACACCAACAUUCCUCAAGCCCGCAACACACUACCUCUACAUCCGCCCUCAUGAACCCCGAAUCCCAGACCCAGAUUCGGCCCGCUCCCUCUUCAUCGUCAACGUCCCAAUCGACACAACAGAAGCGCACAUCCGCCACCUCUUCGGCACCCAACUCUCAGCCGGCCGCGUCGAGCAAGUCCAAUUCGAGGAUGUGCCAACAAAGAAACGCACAGCAGCCGCAGACACAGACACAAACUCCAACAAAAAGAAACGCAAGCGCGUAACAGCAGACGACUACCAAAUCUACCUAGAUGACAUCAAUCUCCCCUCAACUUGGGACCGCAAGCUCCAAAAGAGCGGCGCCCACGCAAUCAUCAUCUUCGCCGAUAAACCCAGCAUGGAAACCAGCCUGAAAGCCGCCACCAAGGCCGCCAAGCGCGGCACCACCAUCGUAUGGGGCAAGGACUUACCAGCCGAGCGCAUCCCCGCCCUCGGUUUGAACCGAUACGUUGCGCACGAGCGCCUCCAGUACCCAGACCGAGGUGCGCUCCUCCGUUCCGUGAACGAGUUCAUGACUACGUUCGCGGCGGUGGCUGAAGCACGCAAGCGCGAGGAGAGCAAGCGGUUGGCGGAGCCAGACGAGGAUGGAUUCAUUACUGUAUCGCAUGGUCCUAAGUUGAAUUCUGUUGCACGGGAGGAUGAGAUGAAGGAGCUUGUUGAUCGGCAGAAGAAGAAGCAGGAGGGUCUGGAGGACUUUUAUCGAUUCCAGUCUCGGGAGAAGAGGAAGGAGAGGCAGAAUGCUUUGCUUAAGCGCUUUGAUGAGGAUAAGAAGAAGUUGCACGAUCUUAAAAUGCGGAGGGGCAAGAUUAGGCCUGAGUGA